AUGGCCAGCCAAUCUUCCAAGCCACAAUCGGUUCAUGAAUUCACCGUCAAGGAUGCUAAGGGAAAUGAUGUUAACUUGGGCAUUUACAAGGGAAAGGUCUUGCUGAUAGUCAAUGUUGCAUCACAGUGCGGUCUGACCAAUUCAAACUACACAGAGUUGACAGAUUUAUAUCAGAAGUACAAGGAUCAAGGUUUAGAGAUACUGGCAUUUCCAUGCAAUCAGUUUGGCUCACAAGAGCCUGGCUCCAAUGAAGAAAUUCAACAGUUUGCUUGCACCCGCUUUAAGGCUGAGUAUCCCAUAUUUGACAAGGUGGAUGUAAAUGGUUCCAAUUCUGCUCCAAUAUACAACUUUCUGAAGUCAAGCAAGGGUAGCCUCUUUGGAGAUAAUAUAAAAUGGAACUUUGCCAAAUUCCUCAUUGACAAAGAAGGGCACGUUGUUGAUCGUUAUGCUCCCACCACAUCUCCUCUUAGCAUGGAGAAGGAUAUAAAGAAGCUGCUGGAGAAAGCUUAA